GAUGCAUUGCGUCUGUACGAGCACAUGAGCCUCCAUAUUUGUUUACGAUGUCAGAUCGCCUCGUUGUUUUUCUGUGUGUAUAGCUCUCGAAUAAGCAUUUUUAGAAUUUUCUCGUCAUGCGAAAGAGAAGAGAUUGGAAUACUACAUGAACCGAAAAUAAUUAAUUUCUAAGAGACCUUAGCCAAUAUAAUAAGGCUAGACCACAAAGUGUUCAGCUGCCUAAGUCGGCUUGUUUACAACGUCAGACCUCAAGUCGAGCUCAGGAAUCGGGACUAUAUUUACCGACCCAUACAAUUAAACUGGGUCUGGACAAGGUUUGAUUAUAUUCAGACUGAUCACACCUUCAGACGCAUUGACAUAUUACAGCGAUGGGGAACAGCAGUUCAGCGAAAAAUCGCCAUGCAUCUGGAGACGACACAGCUCCAACACUCACUGCUGGGCGACUUGGAGACUCGGCGAUCUCGGACGAUGGAGAAAUGUUUGCAGGCAACAUUGGGACUUACCAAUCAAGGCCUCAGCGAGUACGUUCAAGCACAAUCACACCUGGGGGUGACCCGACACUUUCGACGGCAGGCCGUGCUCUCCCGACAGUCAUCAAGUGGGAAGGAGGGGGGAAAGAUGUGUAUAUAGCCGGUAGUUUUAACAACUGGAAAUCUAGAAUUCCUUUAGUCAAAAGCCAUGGUGAUUUUUAUACAAUAGUAGACUUACCAGAAGGCGAUCACCAGUAUAAGUUCUAUGUCGACGGUCAGUGGAUUCAUAAUCCUAAUGAGCCUACAUCAAAUAAUGAAAUGGGUACAUUAAAUAAUGUUGUGAAAGUAAAAAAGACAGAUUUUGAAGUUUUUGAAGCACUAGCGAUUGAUAGUAGGACAACCAAUACCUCCCGCAAACAUCAAGAAACUCCUGACACAGGUUCGCCUCCAACUGAUUACGGUCAAGACAUUCCUGUACGGAGAACAGACAUCAAACAACCUGGUCCCCCCAUCUUACCCCCACAGCUUCUUCAAGUCAUUCUCAACAAAGAUACCCCAGCUCAUUGUGAGCCAACUUUACUGCCAGAGCCCAAUCAUGUGAUGCUCAACCAUCUUUAUGCCUUAUCAAUAAAGGAUGGUGUGAUGGUUUUAAGCGCUACCCACAGAUUUAGGAAGAAAUAUGUGACAACCUUGUUAUACAAGCCGAUCUAGCACUUUAACUCUUAACUAGACAUUUUAACAUAGGAUAAUUCAAAUAAUAUGGACAAUUUUAUGGAGUAAUGGUGUUUUUCACCAUGUUGAGUGAUUCUUAUUGUAUUAUAUUGUAUAUAAUGUAAAGUUAGCAUUGAUCAGUGACCUAGGGUCAUCACUGUUUGCGUCAUGUUUGUGUACAGAUAAGUUAUCACUAUUGAAGUGUGCUGCUACUGAGUGCAUACCCUUGGUAUGUGGAGAGAGGUAUGGGGUAUGGAGAAUACAGUCAGUGUAUGAAUGAGAAUCGUCCUUUUAGUAAGUAGUUUCCCCUAUACUUAAUCUGGUCAUUUUGUUUGUCACCAUGGCAAUAAUGAGACGAGAGGUUGCCAGGCUUGUUUAGGACUUGAAUGUUGAGGCCAUUUCAUGCUCCAAGUAUGAACUGCAAAUUGUAUGUCAUUGUACAGUACUUGUACUAAUCAACAAUUCCAACUGUGUGUUUGUCUUUUGAAAUUAUGUAUUUGUGAUUCUCCGAUUGUUUUAGUCAUGUUUUAUUAAGAGCAUCAUUAACAUUUCAAGGUUUUUAUCUGCUGAGGAAAAAGCAUCAUAACCAUUAUGCCCCAAUAUCACUUUCUGAAACCAGAGGAACACAUCUAGCUGCCCUGAAAUAUGAAACAUAUAUUUAUUUCAUUUGUCAAGAACACCCAUUAUGGUGAGGAUUCACAUCUGUAUUGGGCUGUAAAAGAGGAGGAUCUACAAUGGUAGGGUAGAGGGUUAUGUGUUAGCUUGUCUCACUUAGGCCUGGGUUCAACUUCUCCACUUGGGUAUAUGUAAACCGUUCUUUGUGCCCUGUCGUUGUAUAGCUGCAAUGGACUUUGAGUUUUCAUCACAUACUUAAGGUCUUAUUUUCUUAAUCACUUAAUUAGCAGAUUUAUUUUCUUAAAACAUAAGGAAAUGUUUGAAAAAAUCUUUUUCAUUGAGGUAUUGUCAGUAAGGUGAAAUAUAGAGAGAAAAAUCUACAUCUUUGAAAUUUUGGCACAAGAGCAAACUAAAUAAUAGAAAUUAACAUUAAACAUUCUCUAAAAAAAUGUUGAAAUAAAGAAGUGAAAAUGAUUUCUAGUUUAAUAUAAUUUAAACAUAACUUAAAUUUUCUUUCAUUACUGUAAUAUGUUUACAGACUGCAUGAUUGUGAAAUUUGUGAAAAUUUAUCAAAAUUUGAAUUUUGGAUCCUUAAGCAAAGUAAAUAACAUAAUUGUGAAAGUAACGUAAGAUGGUUAAUGGGUGGUAUGCUUGAUUGCCAUAAAUCCAUGAAUAGAGGCCAUGUCCUUGAACUUCAGCUACGCCCUUGAACUUCAGCUAUGCCCCAGAACUUCAGCUACGCCCUUGAACAAGCCACUACAUGGUCGAAGUACAAUGGAUGCCCUCUAUUAAAUUUAACUUAAAAUGUCAAAAUAAGUGACAAAUCAGAUAUGUUUUCCAUUUUACUAUAAUAAUUUGCAUUCUGUCUUGUUUCUGCCUUUUCCCUGUAGCAGCAGUUUCUGUCCAAGAAUUAUCCUCUGGUUGAGACUUUUUAUGCUACUGCCAAGUAAUACAUUUUAUUUUUUCGCCAACAUCAGAUUUAAACAUUGAAAUGUUGUGAUCUAAAAAAAAUAAUUUGUUUUGAAAAUUUUAGUCUUCUGUGUAUUCAAUUGAUAUUGCUAAAAAUAGUUUCUGUUUAUUACCUGCAUAAUUGGAUUAUCUUUCUCAGGUUAAAUUUUUGGUCAUAUUAUCUUUGGUGCCAAAGUAGAUAGAAAAAAUGGGGUAAUAUGUUGUCACACGCUGUUAGUGAUUUCGGCUAAUUUGAUGAAGAAUGUAGGUUGCACCUAGUAAUCGCUGUCGGCUGAACUGUCUUAAGUUGACAGUGUAUGGCCCACCUUGUGGUGUCAAGGAAACUACUGUUACUAACCUGUUGUGUCAAGGCAUUCAGUGGGGCGGUCGGGUAGCCUAGUGGUUAAAGCGUUCGCUCCUCACCCUGAAGACCCAGGUUUGAUUCCCGACAUGGGUACAAUGUGUGAAGCCCAUUUCUGGUGUCCCUCGCCGUGAUAUUGCUGGAAUAUUGCUAAAAGCGGCGUAAAACCAAACUCACUCGCUCACUCAAGGCAUUCAGUUCAUGGGGACACAUGGUUUGUCAUUUUCAUUGAUGUUACUAAUCAGUUUAUUCUCAUUAAUAUUAGGGGGCACGGGUGGCCCAGUCGUCUUAGGCGCCGCGAUUCGCUGUGCAGAGUUGCGUCCCUUGGGCAUGCCAGAAACCUAUGAUUGUGGGUUCGAAUCCCGGUUCGCCCCGAUUAUGUUUCUAGGUUUGUCAGCACCAUACCCGUGCUCGUGGGUUUCACUUAAGUGGUAAACGUCUGAGACCUGCACCACUUUGGGCUUUCCUCCCACAUUAAGCUGACACGCUGUGAUAUAACUGAAAUACUGUUAAAAGCGGCGUAAAACCCAACUUACUCACUCACUCACUCUCAUUAAUGUUAAUCAGUUCCAGAAUGUAUGUUUAGGUAAAGAUUUUCUAUUUCAGAUAUUGUGACCAGAUAUUUUCUAUUAGGCUUAAAAAAAUAAAAGAAUUGGUUCUCAGGCAAUGGCUUUAGAAAAUAUAGUGUGUGUGGGCGGGUUUUUGUUGUUGUUUAUUGGGGGGUUGGGGUAGGGGGUGUGUUCAAGCUAGUAUGUAACUAAAUUUUGUUUACAUUAAUUUCGGCGAAAUGAUGUUGUUCUUAAGUAUUGUAGCAUUUCACAGCUGGGGUUGUGUGUUCGAGACUCGUAAUAUUUAAAGAUUUAUGGAAAUAAAUAUUAAAUGUGCAGCGGACUUUAUGAUGAUGCAGAUGCUGUCUGAGAACCAAGACUAUAAUGUUUUUUAGCCUUAAUACCCCUUUGGGCAUUCCGGGUUACUAGAGGUCCCCAGCAACCUAUUCUGGUUGUAAGAGGUGACGAAAUGGAUCGGGUGGGCGGACUUUGUGACUUGUUUGAUUGAAUGUCAUCGUACCCCGGCGGCGUGGAUCGUUGCUUACGAUGUCUGGUCCAGACUCGAUUAGUUACAGGCUGCCGUCAUAUAGCUGGAAUAUUGCUGUGUGCGGCGUUAAACAAGGAACAAACUUUAAUAUCAGUGAUCUGCCUCAAACCUGAAUCUGGUAUCAGUACUGUGUUCAAUAUUGAGACAUACCUGCUCUCUCUACACAAAUCUGACAUGUGUACCUUAUAUUUGAAAUGAUAUUCUACAGCUAUUUGAACAUAAUGUUUCGUUGUAGGAAGAUGAGUUAAUUAUGUAUAGUCUCCGAAUGUAUCUUGUCCUCAGGAUGUCAUGUUUGUCCUGAUAUCAGUGGAUAUCUGCCACAUCUACUGGAGCACUGUACAUACUCGCAUGACUCAACAACUGAUGUUGCACUGUAGAACUGUGCCUUUGAUGACGUAGUGAUUGCUUGUGAUUGUCUAUUGAUUGGUGAUGUUGUAUGUGUGCCAAACGAAUAUUAAACAGAUUUACAACAGUUCUAUGUAUGUUAGAAUAGUCUUUAGGUAGCCUUCUGAAGAUUAAUUAAGGAUAAGACUGAAAAAUGGCAUUUUUUAGAAUAUUUUAUUAAGAAUAAUUGGACUUUUUUUUUAUCACAUUUAUCCAAGACACAGGCCAGUUGAAUUCUUUUCAGUUUUAAUGCCUUUUAAGUGUUGUGAAUUGUUUAAGUGUUUGGUUGCUAUUUGUGUAAAGGGAGUUAAAGGCAGAUUAAGUUAAGUGGACGGAGAGUGAGUGAAAGUAAGUCCUUAGUUUAGGUUUUCAUGUCGGUGCACAGAUUUUAGAAGAAAAUAUAUGUCAUUUGUUUUACUGAAGAUGUUUGCAAAUGAUAAUACUAUUAUUUUGUUUCCCAGCUGGGGAGAUGUUGUGUAGUAGUGGACCAAGGAUAAUCAUCUUCUUUUAAUACAGUGACUGCUGAGAUAUUUCCGGGUCAACAAUUAUCUCAUGAACAUGAUGAAAGAUGUGAAAAAAUAAGACAGGAAUCAGGAGGUGGGUGCCCCGAGGCAAAACUGCUGGGCAGCCAUUGAUAGAUUGUAGGGGGAUGUGUCAUUAUACAAAAUACAUUAAAUGAAAUAAAACCCAUGGGUAAGGUCAUGAAGUUGGACCAGAAUUUCAGGAGGGGCAGUGUUGCAAAGAUAUUCAUAGGCAAGUCAUACAUUUAGCAGUCUUGAUAAUCCCUAGUCCACACCUCUUUGUAGGUAAUACUUGGUCCUUUAGGAAGUCCCUGUUUUUGUACGGACACAUUUAUUCAAGGCUGAUAAACCGAUCACAUGCUGCAUGUCAAAUAGCCCUCCUGGGGUGUGGUUCUUCCCUGUUAUUUCAUGUGAAGAGUCUAUUUUACCCAGAAGAUAAACAGAUAACUAUCUAAUAUUUAUUAACACAAUGUGCUUCAUCCUAAGCUGGAUUACCAACAUUCAUGUACAAGUAUUCUUUAUUGACGUACGGCAACCUUCCCAGGUCAUCACAAAGUGCUGUUUUUAUGAGUUGUUUGGAAACAAUUGUUUUCAAGCUUUUUAGCCCCCGAUUUGAGGAUAGAUCGCCAAACUCGAUGUUGAUUGCCCAAACUGUUGCUGUCUGCCACCUUCUUUAUUUCAGCCCACUACAUUAUGCUGAUGGACAGAUUUCAAGUGGGUCAAGAAAGGCAUUUAUUUCAGUAUCAUGAAGUGUUGUUUAGAAAUCUGUGGACUGAUUUGGAGAGUUGGUCAAUUCUUGGUAGGGGAAGGAGGUGUCAGAAUGUCAACUGGACAAGGAGCUGAUUCUCAUGAAAAAUAUGAAGCUCAGAAAUUCUAGUAGUGAGCUAACAGAGAUCAAAACACAGAGUAUUGCAAACUAAUUCAUGAAUCAGAAUUCAAAAGUUAUAAAUGGUAACAAUCGCCCAAGCCGCCUGUCCACUGCCCCACUUUAUGUUCUGCCUCAGCAGAAUCUUCCUGUGAAUAAUUCAAUUCUUUGUUGUAUAUCCCAUGUGGAGGAUUUAAUUAUACCAGUUCUUCACCAAGAAAAAACAAUUUACCUGUCAGUGUAUGUGUCUAUUGUUUAUACCACUGAAAGUAUAUGAUGCAAGACAUCGGAGUUGCACAUGAACGCACUGUCCGGUGUUGUUGGCCUGUUACUGAUCGUAUCAGGGGUGAUGAUAAGCAGGAUCUGCCGAUCUCCAUGGUAACGGCUCUGAAGGACUCUUUGGCAUCACAGAAUCCUUACUGAUUCACAAAAAUUAUUGUAUAUUUUUGCAAUGCUUCAUACACUUUUGAAUAAUCAGUAUGUGCACCUCAAGUCUAUUUCCAUUGAAUUUGGGGACUGGUGGAGUGGGAGGGACAUCUGGAUUUCAGUUGUCAGGCCAAGAUUUUUCCUGAGUUUGUUUGGCAGUGAUACACCUUAUUAUGUUUCAGUCUUGAGAGAAUCCACACCUUACACAUCAGUAGUCUGCAUUCAUGAAUGAAAUUUCAUCAUGGAAACACAUUUUAACAAUCAGGACUUUUGUUACCAUUUUCAGUGCUAAUCAGUAUAAAUUGUCUCAGUUGUAUUGGAGGGCAUGACUGGCUUACAGAUGAUUUUAAUCCAAAUGGAUUUUGUGUACAUUUGUUCCUAAUUUUAAUGUGAACUUUAAACAUUUAUUUGCAACAAAAAGUUGUUAUUCUUUUAUUUUUAACAGAAAACACAAGCAUGUCUUGCAGAAUUCUGUGGAAUUAUUCUUUGCUGCAGAAUUCUGUGGAAUUAUUCUUUGCUGCAGAAUGCUUCAGGGACCUACACUGUCAUGACUUACCUCCCUUCUGUAUUGUAAGGUGGCUAUUUCUGAUUUCUAAGGAUGUCGUCAGAUUGUCAAUGUAGACGUUUUAGCAGCUUGUGCUUUUGUUCAUCGCAUAAUAAUAUUUUUUCUCCAAGGAAAAGUGCAAUUCCACACUCUUUGAGAAGAAUGACUUUAUGUUGCUUUAUUUAAGGGUGGGAGAGAGACACCGUCGUGUCAAGUUUUAGAAGAAACCUACUAUUUUCUUAAAGCUGGGUCAAUAAGAAUCUCCUUGCUUUCAUUGCAGUUGUCAGACUUGAAGAUUAUGGUUGAGUCAGGUGAUAUCGUAUGUCCUGCAACAUCUGUUGUCCUGCAGUUCCUGUUUUCACGUGUAACUGGGUGGGUUGUGUGUGAGGAUGUCAUUGCCUUGAUGGUUCUAUUGUACCAGAGAAAGGCUGUGUGGGGCGGGUGUGCUUGGAGAUUUUGAAGUCACAAUUUGCAUACAAGUUUGUGAAGACACAGUGCGUCGGGUUCAGAAAUUGUCUGAAUUCUCAACCUGAUCUGUAACAAUCCUGGCAGUCCACCAAAUGAUCUCAGUGCUACUACAGUCAUAAGUCUAUAUCAAGGUAUUAAGUUAUGGCAGUCCAUGGAGUGAGAGGGUCUGGCCUCAUCCCUCAAAGUGAUCUUAGCGCUCCCCUACAUAGAUUUAUGGUAAUCAUUGAGCUAAGAUCGCUUUGUGGAACAGGACCCUAGGGCAGAGGUGAUCGUAGUCCGGUACCAUAACAUAGGUUUGCGAUAGUUGUAGUGCUAGGAUCACUUUGGGGAACAUUACCCUGGGCCUCAUUCCAUAAAGCGAUCUUUGGUGAUUUUAAUUCCCAUACCAUACCAUAGAUUUACGAUAGUUGCAGCGCUAAGAUCCCUUUGUAGAACAGGACCCUAGCAAUGAGGUGAUGGUAGUCCGGUGCCAUACCAUAGAUUUACGAUAGUCGCAGCGCUAAGAUCACUUUGGGGAACUGAUCCUUAUUGAACAAAAUUAUCUUGGCACAAGUCUAUGUUAAAGUAUUUGAGUUGGGAUUACCUUAGCGCUAAGAUCGCUCUAUGGAUUGCGACUUUGGACUUGCAAGGUUGCACUGUAGUCCUCGACAGCUUGUCAUGCCAAAAAGACCAACAAGUCUCUUGCCAGACUCCCUUCAAACAACUGCUGUGAGGGUCACAUGAUCGUACUUCGAGAACUGUCAUGUUGUAGUACCACAACAGCUGAUGCAGCAAUAGCCAUAGGAAUUGGUACUACAUAGGUCCAGUGUUUUUAUGUAAAAGACCAAUAUAAUUAUUGUAGUGAAGUUUUGUUUCCUAUAAGCAUGGUAAGAAUGAAACCUACUGAUCAAGAUAAUAGGAUUUAUUUGAAUAAUACCCCAAUAUUUAUCAAGUUUGUUACUAAAUGUUUGAUUUUAUGAAUUUAAUAUCUUUUAAAGCUGAAGUCAUCGCGAUGUUGAGUAACGACAGAUCUCACUUUUAGCGUGACAGCGCAAAAGUAGUCCUAGAGCCAGGAUAAUAUAUGACAGUGCAAUGUGUAUAUUAAUAUUAACACUAUUUGAUGCUGGACAGUUGACGACUAGCAGAAUGUGAGAUUCACUCACACCGAUAAACCAAUAUGUCAUCCAGCAUUAUUCUCGUGUCUGAUUGGUUGAGAGAUAAUCGCACAAAGAACACCCAGAUCUGAACACACCUGUAAUAAUAUUUACCGCUUAAUAAAUUAUGUUCCUGUUAAAUAUUUGCCGUGAAUAGCAUGUACAGCAAUAUCCAACCUUAAUAUAAUCAGCAAAUUGUAGAGCUAAGUGAAGUGCCAUAAAAUAUCCACUUGUGAUAUCGGGAGACUGACAAUCUUAAUUGUAUACACAAAAUUAUUUGUGCACAGUAUACAUGAUCACCAUAGUAACCCAAGAUGCCAGUUAACUUGGCAGUAGUGUUGUUCCUGUACACAUGACAAGGUAAACAUACUUACUUGCAUCAGAAACAAAUAUUUAUCCAUCCAAAUAUAACCCACAAUGGAACUCGUUUGCAGAGAUUCAGUCUUGUCUGAAACUUAAGCCAGCCAUGAUAUGAACCAUAGUCGGGUGGCCCACAAGAUAAUGUGUUUCGUCAAGCCAAGACCCAAGAACCGAGGUUAGGUCACACAUUUUUGUAUUUUUCGUUUCACAGGCCCAACGCCCCUAAUGAAAAACAGCUGGAAAGGAAAUAAAUUAAACAAAAAAAUAUUUAUUUUUAUUAUGUCUCAUGCAAGUAAUAUAGACCCCUUUAUACAAUAUAAAACAGAAUAUAUAAAUUUCAUGUCUACAUCACUAUCGGUGAUUCAAGAAGCCAGCUGCAGCUUUAACUCCACGGCAGAAUGAUUUUCAUAUAAAUAAAUAAAUGAUUGACUUAGCUAUUUAUUUUCACCGACCUUGCAUGAAAAAGCUGGAAUAAAUCCCUGAAACAUCAAAUUAGAAAAGUGUGGCCUCAACUUACCAACAUGGGUACAGCAUGUCAAGCCAAUUAUUUGCGUUCCACAUCGUAUGGCUUAAAUUUUGCCGAAACAAGGCCUAAAUCUGAGGGAAAAAAUGGUAAAAUUUCAACAAGACUCGAACUAAUUCUAAUUUGAAUAUUCGAUACACAGAAUUGUCUUCUCUCUACACUCCAAUAAUAAUGUAAAUUUGAAAUCAAGCAUAUUCUAAAAUCAAUUCCUUUCAUUUACCGAUAAAGACAAAAUACACAUGAAUUCUUAUAUGACGUGAAACAUGAUUACCCUGUAGUUGGCCCAAACUAAGCAUGGAUGUAUUUAUUUAAGUCUGUGAUAAUGACUCUGUUAUCCAUGUUCUGGGGCCAGGGUGUCAGAUCUGGCUGUUCAUGGCUUUUUGGUGUAAUGUAAGACUGACCAAAAAUGUAUUCUAUAUAUAUGGGAUAAGACAACUUUGUUCAACAAGUACCAUGUACAGGAUGUAAGCUUAAUAUCAUCUGCUGGAUAUGUUUUGUACUCUGUGUACAGAAAUUGGAAUAAAACUAUGCAGAUAA